AUGCCGGUCACAAACUUUUCCCUGGAAGAUCCGUUUGAAUACCUGGCGGGAUUCAACGCUUGGCAUCAGACUGAAACAGCACCUGGAAUUAUACCCCAAGGAACAACCUUCCUCCAAAAGGGAAAGUAUGGAGUAUACCCGGAGCGUGUCUCCGGGACCUCUUUCACUGUGCCUCGCAAAGACAGUAAACAGACCUUUCUCUACCGUCUGCUGCCUUCCACCUGCCAUGAUGAGUUCAUAGAGGCCAUUGACCACCCAUUUAAUGCGUCAUUCGCUCAUGAGGCUCUGAACUUUAAGCCCAAUCAAUCAAUGUGGGCGCCAAUCCAGAUCACCGAGGAAGAUGACUUUGUCACUGGGCUACGCUUAAUUGGCGGUGCAGGCGAGCCUACGAUGAAAAAGGGGGUUGCGUAUUAUGCGUACACUGCGGGCAAGUCUAUGCCCAAGAACCAGGCAUUUGAUAGCGCCGACGGAGAUAUGUGCAUCGUGCCGCAAAAGGGGACACUCGAUAUUCGGACGGAAAUGGGAAACCUCCGGGUCCGACCGUACGAGAUUUGCGUCGUGCCUCGUGGAAUUCGCUUUCAUGUCUCUUUACCUGAUGGUCCCGCCAGGGGCUUUAUCUUAGAGACGUUCGCGGGCCACUUUGAGCUACCAGAACUUGGUCCUAUCGGAUCCUAUGGCCUGGCGAAUGUCCGCGACUUCGAAGUGCCAAAAGCGAGCUUCGUUGAUACCGACGAGGACACCGAACUCCUCAGCAAAUUUGCAGGUACUCUCCACCGAGCUACUUACAGAGGGGGUAUCUUUAAUGUUGCCGGGUGGCAUGGAACUUAUUACCCUUUCAAAUACGAUCUUGGGAAAUUCAACGCCAUGGGUUCCAUUUCUUAUGAUCAUCCGGAUCCCUCUAUUGCUACCGUUCUCACAUGCGCAUCAGAGGUUCCAGGACAAGCCGUGGCAGACAUAGUUGUCUUUGGGCCCAGGUGGGUAGUCUUCGAAAAUAGCUUCAGACCUCCACGCUACCACCGCAACACGAUGUCGGAGUUUAUCUUCCUUGUCAAGGGAAGUUUCGGACCUGAGCCCAUGCCUGCGCACCUGGAAGGCAUGUUUGGUCUUUCAAACACCAUGAGUGCCCAUGGCCCCAGCGCUGCCACGUAUGACCAUGCAACCUCGGAAGAACUAGUGCCGCAAAGGAUUGAUGAGAAGAAUAUGGGAUUGAUGUUUGAGAGUUGUUACCAAAUUGGUACCACCAAGUGGGUCGAUACGGUGCCUACUAAGAUGGCUGCUUCUCCUGCCGGCACAGCCAAUCUCCAAAAGGUUCAUAUCCCUGAGUGA